UAGUCACGUGGUUUGACGAAAUUUGUCCGUGUGCUCCCGUUAGUGGGAGGAGUCACGCCGGAGAGCUCCCGUCUCAGCAGACGUGGCAACACACGACGUCAUCACCGUGGGUCAGUGGUUCAUCACUCAUGGGUGUACUGAGCUAGUAGAGCUAGCAGCUAUAUUCUGGGCUGAAGUUUAGGUAUACGGCUGAGAAGAUGAUGGAAGAAAGUGGAAUUGAGACUACGCCUCCUGCUAGUCCUACACCCCCUCUGACUGUGGCUGCCACAGUCAGCACCCCACCAAUCCCUGCUGGUCUGUCCAGUCCUCUGACCCUCCCAGGCACCAGCUCCAUCAGUUUGCCCUCAGUCUCUACAUCUCUGCCCCCCAUUCCAUCCCUUCCUGCUUUCACCACCUCUGUGGCUGCACCUCCUUCCCUCUCUUCCCAAUUUCCCUCUGCCUCACCCUUCACCAGCAGCUCUCCCUUCCCCCCCUCUGCCUCUCCCUCUUUGCCACUUCUGGCCUCUUCCAUCAGACUACCUCCUGCUCCGGUUCCUGGCAUGUCCGCCCCACCUGUGGGCCCCCCCGUGUCCAGCUUCUCUAUGAGUGCAGGAUAUGACAUCACACGAGGCCAUGCUGGUCGAACACCGCAAACACCGCUGAUGCCAACGUUCUCCAGUCCUGCUUCCAUGCCAGGUGUAGCGUCCAACCCCAUGGUUCAGCAGCCGGCCAUGACAGGAGGAUUAGAUACUGGGUCUCCAAUCACUUUCCCAGAGGAGCAGGAGGAUCCCAGAGUGUCUGGAGAUACCAACACUGGUGGAAGCAUCUGGGGAUUUUUCAAGGGAGUAGCAGGUAACUCUGUAGUAAAGACAGUCCUGGACAAAACCAAGCACUCUGUGGAGUCCAUGAUCACUACCCUGGAUCCUGGCAUGGCUCCAUACAUUAAGUCUGGCGGGGACAUUGACAUUGUGGUGGCGUCAGAUAAGGAGAUGAAUGUGGAGGCAGUCAGAGACGCCUUCCAGGAGGUUUUUGGGAUGGCCAUGGUCACUGGAGAGCCUGGGCAGUCCAACAUCGCCCCACAGCCUGUGGGCUAUGCAGCUGGUGUCAAGGGAGCUCAAGAGCGCAUUGACAGUCUGCGUCGAGGUGGUGUGAUCCAUGAGAAGCAGCCAGUGGUUUCGUUGGAAAACUUCAUUGCUGAGCUUUUUCCUGACAAGUGGUUUGACAUAGGCUGUUUAAUCCUGGAGGACCCUGGUCAUAGCAUCCGCAUCGAGUUAUUCACCCAGGCAACUCCCCUGGCUCUUGAUCACGUUCAGCAGGCUCAGUCCCUGACCCCUCCUGACUACAGUCUGCGCUGGUCUGGUCUGAUCGUCACAGUGGGUGAGGUCCUGGAGCGUAACCUGCCUAACAUCAACAAAACAGACUGGCACCAAGCCAUGACGGGUAUGACCCAACGCCAGAUGAUCCACAGUGCUGCCAAAGCCUUGGCUGGCAUCUACAAACAGCAGCUGCCACCCAGGACUGUGAGAGACUGAAAGGUUGUAGCUUCUGUGACAUACUGGAAAGAGGUGGAGGCAUGUCGAAGGAUAAACUAGCUGAUGGACAGCGAUGUUCUACUUUGCCUCACAUGUACUCUUCAUCUGUCCUUGUAGGGCAAAGCCAAAUGCAUAUUGCUUCAUAAAUAUUUAAGUUUGUGUCCACAGACGUUUACUGACAUUCCAACACAUUUUUCUGAGAUUUACCGCAAGGCUGUCAGAUACCAAAUCAAUUCUUUUUUACCAUCUUAGGCUUUAUAAAGUGCUUAACCUUUAAAUCAUCAUCUCUUUCAUUCAUCCUCCUUACUCAUCAUGCCUGUCAUAUCAGCAAUACACCAUGGCAGCAUUUAUUUUUCAUGAUUUGUUUAUGCAUUUAUAUGUUUAUUGUAGAGAGUGUCCCAGUUGUACUCUAUUUUCUAGAUGCUGAUCCAAAAUUUUGGAAAACCUGAAACCUCAGUGUAACAUGACGGAUGCAGUGAGAAUGACUAUAAUGUGGACCUGGCCUGGGUUGGUCUGUAGUUUGAGAACUGAAUAGACUUGUGCCCUCUACAUCAAUCUGUAAAGAUUUUGUUUUGUGCCUAAGUUUGGAGUGCAACAUUGUGGCAGUUGGUGCACAAGAAACUGGUGUCCUGUUGUGUAUUAAACCGAAAUGAUACAUGGUGUCUGCCAAUGCCCUGAUACUGCUACCAGUUUCACAAUUGCAGAAUUUAAUAUUAGCUAAAACGGUUUUCUGAAGGGCUGUACAAGCUCUUGCUAGAAGCAUCACUCUGCUGUCCACUUGUUUUUAUUUCUGUCUGGCUGUAAAUAAAUACUCCACUUUCCUUGUCAGAAACAUAUAUCCCCCUACCAUUCUUAAUUACCCUGUGAGGGGGCAAUGAGGCUGACAUGGCUGAGCUCAAUCAUGCACUAGUCUUUUACCACAUUAUGUAGUAGUGAUGUUGUAGGCAUAUUGCUUCUGUUAAAUUUCUGUAAUAAUUUUCUGUGUGGUAAUUUAUUUGAACGAAAAAUAAUUGGGGGAGAUGCAACAUGUAAGUUAUUAAAUCUCCAUUUUGACACAGAGCUAUAAGAUCAGUUAAUAAUCCAGGAUCCACCUGCAUUAUAAAUGCCUUUAUAGUGUCAGUUGAUUUUGUGUUGCAUAACCCUUGUUUUUACACAAAAUUACACCAUGUCAUGUUAUCAGAGAACAGGGGUUGCCAGAUGUAACCUCAAAUUUCCCACGCAAGAAGAAUAUUGUAAAAGCCUGAAAUCAAUAUCAAGCAGUCGUGCUGAAAUGGUUGUUUCAAAGCAUUUGAUACAGUCAAAAUGGCGACAUCUGCAGGACAACCUUUCGUAUUGCAUUUGAAUGAGAGUAUUUGAAAUCGUCAGUUUCGUCAGUCAGAAUUUAAGCAGACUGAGAUUAUGUUUAGUAAAGGUGAAGUAACAUACAGUGCCUUGUGAAAGUGUUCAUCCCUCUUGUGUUUGUCCUGUUUUGUUGCAUUAUAAGCUAGAAUUAAAAUUGAUUUGGAUUUUGA